AUGGAUAAGAUCACAGACAAGAUCGCGGCGCUGCCGCCGGACUCGAAUUACUUCUCCCUCGAGUUCUUCCCGCCCAAGACAUCUAUGGGGUUUUCAAACCUACGAGACCGACUUGAUCGUAUGGCACGCGCCCUACGCCCGCUGUUCGUCAACGUGACAUGGGGUGCUGGAGGCUCAACCGCGCAGAAGUCUUUGGAAUUGGCCGAGAUAUGUCAGAGGGAGUUGGGUCUGACGACAUGCAUGCACUUGACUUGCACGAACAUGAGCCGCCGUCUAAUCGACAAGGCAUUGGAUGACGCAAAGGCUUUGGGGAUCAGGAACAUUCUGGCAUUGAGAGGAGAUCCUCCCAGGAGAGCCGAGUAUCGUGACGCCAAUGACGAGCCGGAGCCGGCAGACGAGGACGAGUUUGUGUGGGCCAUUGACUUGGUGCGCUACAUCAGGAAACAACAUGGCGAUUAUUUCUGCAUUGGCGUUGCUGCGUACCCGGAGGGCCACGCCGACGAAAGUCAUCCCCUAGGCCAGAGUCUGGAGCAUGAUCUCCCCUACUUGGUGGACAAGACACAAGCGGGCGCCGACUUCAUCAUGACACAGCUCUUCUUUGACAUCAAGGCAUACGAGCACUUUGAGACGCGGCUGAGGGAGCACCCGAGUGGUGCAUUCAAGGAUAUCACAAUUAUUCCAGGCUUGAUGCCGAUCCAAAAUUACCAGAUGAUCAAGAGGACAACGAAGCUGAGCCAUGCUAAUAUCCCUGACAGCCUGAUGGCUCGGCUCGACGAUGUCAAGAAAGACGAUGAGAAGGUAAAGUCUGUUGGAGUGGAUAUUCUGAGCGAGUUGGUGGAGCAGGUGAAAGAGCUCAAGAAGGGGACACCUGGACCAAACGGCUUUCAUUUCUACACGCUGAAUCUGGAGAAGGCUGUGUCUUUCAUCUUGGAGCGAACGCAUUUAAUUCCUCCAGAUACCCCUAUCGAGGAGGAAGCCGUGGCAGAUGAGCUUCUACCACCCAUCCCAUCAAUUCAAGUCAAUGGCACCAGUCCGAUAAAUUCCAUUAAGAACAUAUCACGACGGCAAUCUUCGAUAGGUUCAGAUCCCCGAAACAGAGUGAUUAUUGCUGGAGGCGCUCCAUCGCAUCCCGAGUACGAAGCUACAGCCUUGGAGGCGAGCUUACCUGCUGAACCGGUCAACACCCGCGCCAACACGCUUGCGAUCUCAGAAGGAGAGGGAGUACUAGGAAGGGAGGCAACCUGGGAUGACUUCCCCAAUGGUAGAUGGGGAGACGCUCGAUCGCCAGCGUACGGCGAAAUCGAUGGCUAUGGAGUCAGUCUACAUAUGUCAAUAACGCAAGCUAUGCGACUCUGGGGCAGCCCGAAGUCGGCCGAAGAUAUUAACACCAUCUUCAUCCGACACCUUCGCGGAGAGCUGUCCGCUAUCCCUUGGAGCGAAGAAGAGUUCAACCCCGAGACAGCAACGAUUCGGGACCAGCUUCUGGGCCUCAACUCGAAGGGCUGGUGGACUGUAGCCUCCCAGCCCUCAGUCAAUGGCUUGAGGUCGACGGACUCGACUUACGGAUGGGGCCCGCCGAACGGAUUCGUCUUCCAGAAGGCGUUCGUAGAAUUCUUUGUGCCGUCGUCCGAGUGGAAAGUCCUCCUUGAGAAGCUUUCAAGGCCGGAGAUGAAAGACAGGAUCUGCUUCUACGCUUCCAAUGCAGCUGGUGACUUCCUUUCCUCGGACUCAAGCGGCGGCCUGGACAAGGAGGUCAAAGAGGCCAGCACAAAUGCUGUGACUUGGGGCGUCUUCCCCGGCAAGGAGAUCAUCACACCUACGAUCAUCGAGGAAGUGAGCUUCAGGGCAUGGGCCGAAGAGGCAUUUGGAAUUUGGGGCGAGUGGGCCAAGGUCUAUGGGAAGGGUUCAGAGAGCGAGAAGAUGCUCCACAAGCUGCAAGAAGACCUGUGGCUGGUGAACAUCAUCCAUCAUGAUUACGUUGAGCAGGAUGCAUUGUGGGAUACGCUGCUUAAGUAG